AGGAAGACGCGGUGGCUAGCGACUAACGCGUGUUAGAAAGCUAGCUAACUAGCUAAAGUAAAAGGUGGUGGUGUCAGUUUCAUCAUUACAUUGCCUGAUAUUUCGGAGGAUUUAACUUUGCUGCAUCGGACCUGACCUCAUGACCCUCCUUCUGUCCUAGCUGGCAAACAUGUCCUACACCUGCAUCAGCUGCCGGGUGGCCUUCGCCGACAGCGAGGUGCAGCGCGCCCACUACAAGACGGACUGGCACCGCUACAACCUGAAGCGCAAGGUGGCCGACAUGCCGCCCGUGACGGCGGAGAACUUCCAGGAGCGGGUGCUGGCGCAGCGGGCGGCGGCCGAGGAGCAGCCGCGGGGCGGGGCGGCGUGGUGCGCCACCUGUGCCAAGAGGUUCUCCAGCGGCAACGCCUACCAGAACCACCUGCAGUCCCACAGGCACCAGGAGGCGGAGAAGCGGUCCCUGCUGGCCGCCCAGCGCAAGGUGGAGCGGAUGAACGAGAAGAACCUGGAGAAGGGCCUGGAGGCCGAGCGGAUGGACAACAACGCCAGGAACGAGGCCCUCCAGCAGGCCCUGCGGGAGCAGCAGAGGGCAGCCCCGGCCCAGGCCCCGCCCCCGGAGGGACAGGGAAGGCCCCGCCCGGAGAAGCCCCCCAGGCUGCAGUGGUUUGAGGAACAGGCCAGGAAGAUCAGAGAGUCUGAGGAGGAUGCGGGCGCCGAGGAAGAGGAGUGGGAGGACAUGGAUGAUGACGAAGAAGGUGAGGAAGAGGAAGAGGAGGAGGAUGAUGACACGGAGGAAGCAAUGGAGGGGGAGAAGGAGGGGGCGUCAGCAAGUGGCUCGUCCACAGAAUUGCCCCCGGGGGCUAUCCUGGUCACAGACUGCCUCUUCUGCGCGCACCACUCGCGGUCCCUCCUCAAAAACCUGGCCCACAUGACCAAGGCCCACAGCUUCUUCAUCCCCGAUGUGGAGUACCUGGUAGACCUGAAGGGGCUCAUCAGGUACCUGGGUGAGAAGGUGGGCGUGGGGAAGGUGUGUCUGUGGUGCAACGAGAAAGGCAGGUCCUUCUACUCCACCGAGGCGGUGCAGGCCCACAUGAACGACAAGAGCCACUGCAAGCUCUUCACAGACGGAGACGCCGCGCUGGAGUUCGCCGACUUCUACGACUUCAGGAGUAGCUACCCAGACCAGAAGGAGGGGGAGGAUGCAGAGAUGAAGGACGGCGACUUGCCGGAUGAGAAGAAUCUGGAGUACGAUGACGAGACGAUGGAACUCACCCUGCCCUCAGGAGCGAAGAUCGGCCAUCGGUCCCUGAUGCGGUACUAUAAGCAACGAUUCGGAGCCCCAAAAACCGUGGCUUUGGCCCACAACAGGAAUGCCGUGGGGCGGGUCCUUAGGCAGUACAGAGCCCUGGGCUGGGGCGGAGACGCAGGCAAAGACUCUGCGUUCCAGCGCCAGAAGGACAUGCAGUACGUUCAGAGGAUGAAGUCCAAAUGGAUGCUGAAGAUGGGAGUCCACAACAACGCUACCAAACAGAUGCACUUCAGGGCCCAAGUCAUCUUCUGAUCUGGCCGUGCACUUCUCUGGCGCCCCCAUGUGGCAGCCCACUGCACAACCACCUGUCAUUUCUGCAGUUGUUGGACAGAGGUGCCUUUCACAUGGCUGACUUCACAGCCAUAACCGGACAGCUUUUCUUAAAUUAUGCUCUCUGUGAAUGUCUGGAAUUUAUCUACUUAACUUCUGCAGAUUUCCUGCAUUCCCUUAACUAUUCUCUCAAGAACAGAUAAGAAGCUGAAUUACGCCGUGCUGCUAAAUCCUUUUAAAGACCCUUAGGAAUUCAGAUUCUUAAGGACAGUUUUGUAUUGUUCUAUACACAUUAAAUUUAUCAGAGAGAAAAUUAUUGCAUUUUUAGAGGAUUGCAUAAUUAAUGGAAAGCUAUUGCGGGGUGUUGUAAUUAAUUCAGCAGCAUUGUAAUAAAUAACCAUAAUGUGA